AUGGCGUCGCUCCCUAUUGAAGAAAAGGUCGAAUUCCUGCUUCAGAUACUUGCAACAGCCCACGAAUUCAAGCCCAACUACGGCGGACUGGCACAAAGACUGGGUAUCAACACGAAUGGCAAUGCGCAACGACGAUUCAAGGGCAUUGUUGAAGCUGACAACAAAUUCGUAUUGGAAAGCGGCAAAGAUUCUACGAAGGUGGUUGAGACUAAUGGUUCUCGCGAGGACGGUCAAGAGAACGCUGCAGCCACAACUCACAGCAAAACGCCCAAAUCCCGAAAACGCAGCAAGAAGAUCGAGACGAAAGCUGAUGCUGAUGUUGAGGAGUCUCCUACCAAGAAGGCUAAGAAGUCAAGCAAGAAGGAGCAAGUCAAGAAGGAAACUGAUGGAGAAGACGAGGGUGAAGGUGAAGGAGACGACGGCGGGGAUGCUAAAUGA